AUGCGUUAACCGAAAACUCUCUUUGCACGUCAAACUCACCGUCGAUGGUCGGUCUCACUCACUGUGAUUGAUUGAUAAUUGAUUUCGAUGUUGCUCACACUGCUUUGGCAUGAUAUUGGUCUAGUCGGCCAGCCUCACACACAGGAGGCUAUACCCUAACAUUCCGUUUGUCCUAACUUGUUUCGGAUGUAUGUUGCCGGUGUCAAUCGAAACUACUUUUGGACAUAUAAAGAACGCAUUUCCUUAGUAUGUUUAGAAGAAACGGUCUUCCUUCAGAAAGCCUCUUCCUUCCUGCUGUGAUACUCAUAGUAGACUCGAUCGUUCGACUGCAUGUAUACACUUCGGUAUUUAUCGAAUCAUGUCGACUAUACCUAGUGACCAAGCAAAUCUAGAGAAGUAAUUUGGUAAUUACGCUUGUGGUUGUUCUGACAUUCAAAAUUUUUCGAAAUGUUUGGAGCAUCCAUUAUAUCGAUUCUUCUCCUAAGGUGCAUGCGUCUAAAGUGUUUGCUUUGGAGACGCUAACGUCGAGGGACUGUGUUCAUGCAAUGACUCUACACUGUACCAGAAAUCACGCCCAAUUCGUUCGUUUUUGUCUAUACUAGUGAUACCAGACACUGACUAAAAGCACCGGACGAUGCACAGUGUUGCACUUGCCACUCGACCGAUGCAUGCAGACAGCAGACGACGGUCAGUCCAAUCCGUCAGUUUCGUCUUUCGUUACAGUAUAGUCACACAUAAAUCCAUCAGUCUCUAUUAGUUAGACGGAUAUAGACGAAUGUCACAUGCAACCUGGACAAUUGCAGCAAAAUUUUCACAGAAUCGAUCGCUAGUAGACAUCGGGACUGUCACGUGUUUUAUGUGAGAUCCUUGACACCCGACAGUCACCGGACACAGAACAGCUUUCACUAUCUUCAUUAAAUUUUGGUACCAACAACAACAACAACCGCCGGUACUGCAGCUUCUAUCUAUCGCCUAGCUUUUUGCUACACAACGACUAGUCAGUCUUUGUAGGCUGCAACACAACCGUCGGUCCUCCACUAGAAUGGCGGUAUCAAAGCGACGCUACAAGAACACACAAUCACAUCACUCAAUGUCUGUCUACUACGCUAUACCGUAUCUUAGUAUCCGCUUUGAUACAUGGCAAUGUUGAUGCUAUGUAUAGCUAUAGACUAUUACGUCUUCCUGCAGACUGUUGAUUCAACAAUGUACAUGCUAAUAUCAUCCCUUACCAUGCCCUUGCGGCCGGUCGCUAUCACACAAGCCGUAGCAGAGAUGCCAUCUGCACUUUGGUUCAUCUUUCUGAUGUUUGCUGCUACAGCAAUCAUUCACACUGGCAAAUGUGAUUUGGAAAUUACUAAAUGGAACUCAACUAGAGCAUUUCGAUGUCGUGCUUAUAACCCAAGCUGCAACAAUGAGAAAGCCUGCAACUCGACACAGACAGAAGAGACUUGUGCAGUCAUAGCCAAAGGCAACCACAGACCACACUCCAAGCAUUGCUACAACCUGGUUGAGUUUCUUCAGCCGGAAAGUGUCAAAAUUCACAGACAGGGUUGUUUCAGUAGUCUCGACGAGCAAUGCGCAAACGCAACCUGCAGAUGGCAGACGACAUCACACCAUGGUUUCUACUUUUGCUGUUGCCGUGGAGAUUUCUGUAAUGCCCACAUCAAAUUUCCACUCUCGGUUCAAAAUGACUUGAUAGCUUCAAGCAAUAGUAACAACAGUGAUGAUAAUGACUUAUACAUUAUUAUAGGAGUGUCUGUCGAGGUGGUCAUUCUUUCAGUGAGUGUGUUCGCCUUUGGUCUCUGGCUCUGGAUUCGAAUCAGACGAAGUAGAAAUGACCUGCGACGAUUCACAGGAACAAUCGAGAUACGAAACAAUCUUGCAAACAACAACCCAUCGAAUGUAUGAAGAAAAAAAGCCACACAGACACACAAUUGAAAUUAGCCAAUCAACAUUAGCCAAUUGAAAUUAGCCAAACUGUACAAACAAUCUAGUGCUAGUCUUGUGUAUAGUAUACA